CAGAGAUAAUUAUACCCAGAUUCGUGCUUUACCUCUGUUUCAAACAACUUCAAAAUGAAUGUUUCACCAAGUUAUCAGGCCAGCUCUAACGCUGAACACCCGAAAACGGUCAUAACGAAGAAAGACCGACGAUAUCAGUUAGCAAAGUUGUUCAGCAUCGCGCUCGUUUCCAUAGCAACCGUUACCUUAACCAUCAUUGACGUGAUUCAAACAGCAAAAUCCUUUGAGAAUAAACAGGAGCUAAAUUACAAAAUCCACGGAAGCAUUGACACGGCAAUGGUUAUCCACAACUUACAAACAGAACGAGGAAUGACAGCUUUACAUUUGAGUUUUCGGCAAUUACAUUACGAAGAAGCACGCCGUAAGCGUUAUAACAUUCGGCGUAAAACGAAUGAAAGCAUUGUCAUAUUAGAGAAAAGAUACGACACUGAUCUUAGUACGUUAACUGGAGGGACGAAGUCAUUUUGGUAUGCUUUGGAGGAUUUUAGACGCAAAAUUGACCUUGGGAGAACCAAUGUUAUUGAACUCUUACAAACCUAUCGAAAAUGGAUAAAUGGACUCAUCUCUACGCUAGUAAAAUACACAGAAUCCGAAAACUUGGGAGACUAUGCUAACGUGGUUUACGCAUAUGAGAUGGUGAUUUUCAGUAAAGAAGAGUCAGGAAUGGAACGAGCUCUUGGAGGUUUGAAAUUCAUUCAAGGCAAGAACUUUAGUGCCAUAAACACAACAUGGUACAACGAAAAACGUGUCCUGGCUGAAAACUACCUCGAAACAGCCUUCCUAUUUUCAAGUGAGUUAAAAUAUAUCCACACUUCAUUAUUUGCCAACACUUCACAAUGGAUCAAGAAAAUUGAAAAGAAAAGAAAAGUCUUAUCUGGGGGUGUAUACCAGAAGUUUUCCGAUGACGAAGCAUACGCAUGGUUUGAGUUGAUGACAAAGUACAUUAACGUGAUAUUAGAACUUCAAGUGCGACUAGCUGACUUAAUUGAGACAAAGCUAAAAGAAGAAAUUGAUCAAAGUACAGAUCGACUUGUGAUUCGCUCAUUCCUUUUGUGUUUUACCUUGAUUGUCGUGCCAUGUAUUAUUAUAUCGUUGGCCAGAGUUCAGAAAAGGUUUUAUGAAUACACAUUGUCGUUGUUUGAUAAAGUUGGGCUGGAGCAAGCAAGAACAGAUUUCCUGAUGCGAGAAAACUCAAGACAUGUUGACAGUAAGUUUAUGUAAAUGUAGUUUAUGUAAAGCAAAACCAUUUGAAGAAUCACCAAACAAAGUGCCGUUUUUCUAUUCUGUUCAUGGUACUCUGCUUAGUAAAUGUGACUUUCACCUCACAGAUCAGGGAUCGACAACUGAAAUAUAAAACUGAAAUAAAAAUUACCCCUCGGUCUUGCAUGAAAGGAAUAUAGUUUAACGUUGACUCGAUCAAACACCACAGGGUUUCUCCAGAUAUUCUAGUUUUCCCUGUUUAGCAACACUGAACUAAUUAACUAAUAACUAGUCCCUGAAGCCGAGCUGAUUACUUAACUAUUAGAGUCAACUCGACCUCGUUGUCUAUGAGCGGAUAGUCAAUGAAGGUGUAGCGCGAGUUGAUUAUUCGCCAUAGACAACGAGGCCGAGAUGUUGAAUUGUUUUAGAAUACAACUCCUACUCAACACAUUAAAUGACUAAAGGGGAAACAGCCUGAAAAUAUUGCUGCUAUAAACUGCUAUAUACUGAAUAAAAAAUCCUUAUUUUAGACAAAGAAACACUUAAAAGUGAAAUAGAUCGAACGUAUGGUUAAGUUACCGCAAGCAACUGAAAUUUCAAUGGUUUUGCUAUGCACAAAAAAGUGCUCUUCAAUUUUGUCUGUCUUUGUGUCACAUUUUGUUGCAAGUAACAGGAGAUUAUUGUUAAAGGUGAUGUAAAGUCCGUAAUGUAAACAAACGCUUUAUUUACAUUUUCAACUCACUGCUAUAGUUGUAAAAUAUGAUUAGAUAUAUAUUAUACUGAAUUUUUAACACUUUUCUGGUUCGUUAUGCUUGUAAAUGAAUACAGACUAGAGAUUCAAUCCAAGAAAGUUCGGAAGGAGCGAAAUAUUAACAAUAUUCCAAAGGUUGCUCCCCCACUGAUGGAAUGUUUUGAUGCGCAGAAUAUAUGCGCAGAACGGACUUUACCGCAUCUUUAAAAUACGUUUUAAAUUUUGCUCCCCACCAUUAAACGUCUUUAGACGAUAUUUUGUAGUCUUUUUUGUUCUUAGGGGAAAGAAUUCCCUACAAAUUCCCCUGAAACCUUUCCAAAAGAUAAUAUUCCGCCAUAUUUUUCUCAACCGUGGUCCGUUACGCAAUGGUCGAUGGUUAAGUAGCUAAUCAAAAUGCUGCAUUUUGUAAUAGACCAUGGUUGAAUGCAUACUAAUAAAGAAUGGCCUGAUAACAACAUUGCCUGAACUAGCUAGUAUAUAUAAGGAUUAAUGGCCUAAUACAUAUUACACUGCCUGAACUAAUAUAUUACACUGCCUGAACUAUAGUAAGGAAUUGCCUGUUAAACAACACUAUAUGAUACAUAUUACAAAGUUACUGCACAUAGUAGUUGACAUGCAUCUAAGGACGAAAGCGAAUUAACUUAUAGCCUCAUUAAUAUCAUUAUCGAGACGUAAGCAUAAGCAAAAUCGCCGAUUCCUACUGGUUGCCGCUUUUGAAUUUGCAUGGCUUAGAGGUUGUUAUUGGUUGUGACUGAACGGACUAAAUCCUGAAUAAAUUGAACGUCGAUACAUGUAUGUCUUUUGUGCAUCAUGUUAAAGCGGGUCUUUCAAACGUAUAGCUCGAUCGUUCGUAGUGAACAGUUAUACUCAUAGUACCCAAAUAUUUCUUGUGGCAAGACUCGAAGAGAAUUAAGAUGGAAGAUGGGUUCGCCAUGCUCUCCUCAGAUAUGAGAACGAAGUGUGACUGAAUGACUUCGUCUUCGUGUAUACAGUUGAGUAGUUGAUGUUUUGCGGACGUCCUCGAUCGAACAGUAAUCUGGUCCCAAGGGAAUCCAUACAUAUCGUAAAUCCCCAAAAUUCUUUAAAUGAAUAGGGCAAUGUACAAUGAAGUGUAAAUAUUUCAUCCACCAAAAUCAUUUGCAUUUAAUAAUUGCUUUACUGGCUAUACAGUGUGUAUCAAAAUAAUUCGAAUCCAAAUUUGACAGACUGCUGUUUAUAAAAUACUAAAGUAAACCAUAUAAUUUUUAUAUGGCAAUAAAAAUAGCCUAUUAGCUUUCCGAUUAUAUCGUUCUUAUAAUUAUCAAUAAGAUCAAAAAUGACCAAGAAAUCGUGUGUUAAAACUGGUUGCUCGAAAUCAAAUUUUUCUGCCGAUGGGAAUUCGAAGUGAGACGUACAAACAAAAGAUAAUGCAAAUUUAAUUAAUCAACAAACGGUUAUGUAGCAAAAUUUACAUAAAUUCAUGUUCAUUUAAAGAGAUUUAAGCCCCUAUGCUUUCAACAUGUUGAACGAGAAGAAAUUCGCGUUAAAUUUGCAUUUUAGUUUUCAGUGAUGAUUAGCAUUUCAAAGCCUUGUGGGACUAACUUUGAAAGAAAAAAUGUCCAAUUCCCAUCGGCGGAAAAUUGUGUUUUUAUAGACUUUUUUUGUCAAAGCAAUACUCCUUCAUUUUCCAACUAAAUGACGCGUACAGCAUGUCAUUUGAAAGAUAAGUAAAUGAACUUAACAAUGGUGUAAAAACCAACCGAAUUUGUCAAAUAUAUUCUGCGUUAUUACACGCCAAAUUUGGAUUCGAAUUAUUUUGAUACACACUGUAUAUAACACUGUCAUUAGAUUGCAUAGUUAGUAUAGACUAGUAUACUGUACUAUUAAUAACUUACUGCGGACGUCGCACAACAAACAACGUUACGAAGUGUCGAAGUGAUUAUCCAGUUCUGUUUGGUUGCAAAAGCACGCAAUUUACUGUUAUGUAGUCGCUCAUACGACUAUGAUAGGUUACCAAUGUAGGUAUAACUUUUCAAUACAUGCAGGUAAAGUUCAUCCCACACUGUAAAAACUGAUAGGUUAAAAUAACCAAAAAAAAUAGGUUAUUUCAGUUUGUCUAGGACAACCGGUUUAAAAUAGGUUAUUUAAAUAGGUAGAAAUAACUAAAACUAAAUAGGUUAAAACAAACCAUUUCUAGUGGGUUAUUUUAACCUGUAAUAUAGUGAAACCCAUGCAUGCACCUAUAUGACACAAUAACAGAUUACGCCGUGAAUACAUAAACAAGCAUGCCGUACUUGGAGUGCAUGACAAAUACAAUCCGAUCAAAACACUAUACUGUUUCAAGUUAUCGUAUAUUUACUAUAUUUUGCUAUAAUCCGGCUAGAUACCCGCUUUCUGUGCACCUAUAAUACCGGCCCGGGAAAGGCGGGAAUGGAAUUUGCAGAGGCAAGCAAUAAUUUUCGUCCAUAUCAGUAACAAAUAAUCUGCAUGCAUAAGUUGCAUGCAUACAUGCAUAAGUUGCUUUAUAUAUGUCGCUUUAGGUCGCAUUAGCAUAUAUUCACUAACAUAACCAAUCAGAUCUUGGAUUUUGACGAAAGAACAUUGCAUAAAUGAAUAUAAGUCCGUUUUCGUCCUUAGAUGCAGGUCAACUGUCUAGUACAAACUGACUUUGUACAAAUACAUGUACAGAAAAAGCAGAAUAGAUGGAACAUAAACCAUACCGAUAUCACACUUGAUACUUCGACUGACUUUGUACUUCCAGCCAGAGCGCCAAGUUGAAAACGAUCUACCUAAUACAUCCUUUGGGAAAAUACGUUACUUUGGUUAAAGGGCCUUGUUUUCGUAAUUAAGAUGUUGUGUUUUUAACUUAUGUUUUCGAACACGAAAACGAGGCUGUAUAGUCAAAGUAGCAUGCUUUCCGAAAGGAUGUAUCGUGACAUUUUGUGACCUACAACAUUGCAUAAUGAAAUUUGCUUUACCUUUAAAACCAUAUUUUAACGUGAAUGGAUAUGAAAUUACUAAGUGAGAUUUCUGCCUUCUUUGUUUUGUUCUAGACUUGGCAGAUAAGUGGAAAGACUUCUCCAAUCAUGGCGCCAGCAAGACUGAUACUGUCGCCACAAAUACGUCAGUGGACAGAGCCAGCGAUCAUAAUCUUGAAAACAAUAUUGCUUAAUCCUUCAAAUUACGCUGAUAACAUUGCUUACAUCUGUGAAUCUGAGAAGUGUAGAAUAGUUAACUAACUUUCUGAAAAAUAACACUGAAUUGUAAUUAUACUUACAAUUACUACUGGCAAACUUUUAGGAAAUAAACAACAAUGGUGUUUUUCGUCUGCGAUUCUUUGCAUGCAAUUGAAUUGUAAAUAAAUUGUUGUUAUCAGGAGCUACGGAACCGGGGGUUGGCAAUCAGGGCACGUGCCCCUCCCCUCCCCACCCCCACACUUUUUUAAAAGUGAAAAAGUGUCCUCUUUCUGGGCUAAAGUGUCCC